CACACACACGGCAGCAUCCGCUGCUGAUGUCAGACUCCAGUCAUGUCGACCCUCCUCAGCACCAUCAGCACCAUCAGCACCAUCAUGGCUCCUCUACAGAUGCAUAACUGAUGAUGGAUCUGUUUGGCAGAGGAGAGCUGGGGCUGCUGGGAGGAGGGGAGGGCCUGAGAGAUGACGUGGGCGUGUCUGGGAUCAGCUGGUCAGCCAAUCGGCUGCCGGACAACAUGUAUCCGUCAUCGGGAUUGGCCCUGGCCGCGGCCUAUCAUGACAUUAAGACCCGACUGGCCAGUCUGGAGAGAGAGAACAGCAGCAUCAAGAGGAAACUCAAACACUAUGAGUUUCCCAUGAUCAGUGAAUUCGGCGAGGAGAGGAUAGUGUGUUGCUCCUGUGAGCCGAUAACCAAGGACACCAGUGUCAUCCAAUCAGAGACCACCAACCUACAACAGAGGAUCAACUCCCUCACGCAGGAGCUCCAGAAAAGUAAAGAGAGAGAGGAGAGGCUGGAGGAAGUCAUCCAGGCGUACGAGAAGAUUCACCUGGAGAAAAGCAACGUCCAGAGAGACCUGGACAAGAUGACGACUCUAGUUGAGCAGCACAUGGAGAGGAUCUGCGGUUUGGAGUCUGCUCUCAGACAGAGAGAGAGUUCUCUUCAGAAACUUCGAGCUCAACUACGUAACAAAGACGCGCAUCAGUCCCAAAUCCACGCCAGCCUGGAUGUACCCAGAGAGGGCAGAGGGUCACUGCAGAGCUCACGCAGUCUGGACGCUCUGUCAGACCUGAAGCUGCAGCGACUGGAGGCCGAGCUGGAGGGAGCGCGACACCAGGCCGACGGAGCCUGUCAGAGGGAGAAGGAGCUGAGGGCGGAGCUUCAGAGGCUGCAACAGGAAGUAGCUCAACUGCAGCAAGCACAGAGACAGUCAGAGGAGUUGUCCCACUGUGAACACUGUGACGUAGAAUGGAUAAAGAAAGCUGGGGAUGAACAGGUGAACCUAGCGUUAGCCUACACUGAGCUAACAGAAGAGUUGAGUCGGGUUCGCGGUCUGACGGCAAAACAAAGUGAACUUCUACGACACGUGUCACAGGAGACGGUCUCUCGUCAACCUCCGAGUCCUCAGCUACUCUCCCCCACCUCCCCCCAGCGUUCUUCACUCUCGCCUGACAGGCUGCUUCCCAGCCCCUCCCCUCCUCUGUCCCUGUGCGACGGCCCCGCCUCCUACUCUCAUCAACCAACCAGCAGCCGCCUACGAGCGAAGUUCCAGGGUCGUCGUAGUUACUCGGAGGUAUCUGACCCAUCAGCCAUUCAGAGGCCCUCCGCUCGCCUGCUGAGGGACCCAGUGUCCACCCUCCCCAAGUCCAGACCCCUCCUGGGCGAGUCGCAGGUUUAUGGUCAAAGCAAACCUCAGCUCCGGACCUCUUUGGUGGGCCUGGUCAGACCGGCCUCAGCCCAUGGAGCUGGAGGAGAGAGAGGGGGAGGAGGAGCUGCGGAGAGAGGAGGUGGCAGCAGUUUGAGCAGCAGUCCUCGUCACUGCGCUCUGGACCUGGGCUUUCCACUCGCUGCUGAGGUGCACCACUUCUGUCGCCUUGACAACCCGCCUGAGCCCGCCCCACUGGUGACACCGCCUCAGUCCUCUGAUGAUGAAGAGGACGUGUGUGUGUACCUGUCGCCGGCUGCCAGCCCACCUCGGACUCUGGGUGCGAUCGGGAUCGUCGCCUCGUCGCCCAGGGAGCAGCCCCUUCACCCCUCGUUCCCGUCGCCAAGGAAACAGCCCCAUCAUCCCUCCUUCUCUGCCCCUGAGGGUCCUGCCGCCCUCUCCUGCCAUCUGCCUUCCUACAUGAACACAGAGCACGCUCAGUCAUGGCCCUCCAUUAAUUUAUGGAUGGAGUCGGAGGAGAGCGCCGUUCGCAGCUGCCCCUUGUGUCAGCUCACCUUCCCGACCGGUUACCCCGACGACGCUCUCAUCAAACACAUCGACUCGCACUUGGAAAACAGCAAAAUCUGACUUUUAAGGAUACCUUUUUUUUUUUUUACACCCAUUUCUCAUGGAUCAUAUUGGAUCAGAUUGGACAUGGUCAGGUGACUUUCAGUGGAACUUGCCCCGCCUUCCACAUCAGAUAGUGUUUUUCUACACUCCAGGGCUCAAGCAUCUGUCACUGAGUGUGUUUUUUGUUCACCGAGGACACGCCUAUCCCAAAAGUACCACGUCAACACGUCUGCAUCAAAUACUCUCCGUUCAGAAGCGUUUGUACAUACGGUGGAUUGAUGAAGAAAGAGCAGCUGUAAUAAAGACAGUAGUUCUGCAUGGUGUUAGAGCAGCUGAGGUGGCAGAGGAAGAAACGCUGACCCAGCAUGCAUCAGUGCACCUGGAUGUUGAUUAAAACAUUCUAAAAACAUAUAGAUUUUCUGAAGAGUUUAACACCCACAAUGAUCUCUGGACUAUUCUGAGGUGGAGUCAUAUUAGUUAUUAGUUGUUAUUAGUAGUAUGGAUAAGAUGAGAAAGUAUAAGUACAUAUUUAUGGUCUACAACAGUCUGAUUGCUGCUUUCCAAAUAUAUGUGACAUGCCGUAGAAGAAGUUAUAGUCUACUUCAAUGAGACAUCAGGACACAGGACAAUGGCUGAUUGUCAAGGAAAACAGGUAAAACAGAUAAAACGGAUAAAACGGAUAAAACAGAUAAAACA